AUGUUCAGUGAUUGGGGCGCUUCGUCUCGGGCUCUCGUCGAACUCCUUCUAGCCACCCACGAACUAUCUGUCUGGGCUAUGUGGGAUCAUGGCCCAGCAUCGACCUACACGAAAGGCCGCAUCGCAAUAAUGGGCGAUGCAGCCCACGCGACCACGCCUUACCAAGGCCAAGGUGCGGGUCAAGCGAUUGAAGAUGCCCUCGUUCUAGCAACUUUGCUCGCCGAAGUCUCCGACCCAAACAUGACUCAGAGCGCGUUUUUGGUUUACGAUCAAGUGAAGAGGGUGAGAACGCAACGGGUAGUAUCGACCAGCCGAGACUCGGGGCAGUUAGUCGGCAUGAAGGCAGAGGGCGUUGGUAGUGACUUGGAGAAGAUGAGGGAACUAUUAAGCUUCAGGAUGCACUGGAUCUGGAAUAGAGACAUUCUGGCGCAGAAUCGGGAGGCGCUGCAACUGUUCAAGGAGAUUUUGUGA